GCUUUCUUUUCAUUGACCUUUUGCCGAUUUAUUUUGUACUGCUUUCUUUCUUUCUUCACUUUCUUCCCAUUUUUUUUUAGAUUGUAACAUAGAGAAGGAAAAAAAAGGAGACAAUGAAUGGAGUGGCUCCGCCGAGGAUUUCCGGUUCCGACGGUGGCGCAGUCGAUAAUACGGCGCUUCUCCGGACCUAUCAGACCUGGAAAGGCAGCAAUAAAUUUUUUCUUCAAGGAAGGUUCAUAUUUGGCCCUGAUGUGAGGUCGCUCUUUAUGACUAUCUUACUUAUAGUUGCCCCAGUUGUUGUAUUCUGCAUCUUUGUUGCGAGGAAACUUGUAGAUGAUUUUGCUGGUCACUGGGGGUGGUCUAUCAUGGUCAUAGCUGUUGUUUUUACACUAUAUGUCUUAGUCCUGCUUCUAUUGACAUCUGGAAGAGAUCCUGGUAUUGUUCCUCGCAAUCUUCAUCCUCCAGAGCUAGAGAACUUUGAAGGAAGUAUUCAAGCUGGACCUGGUCAAACUCCACAAUUACGUCUGCCCCGCAUCAAGGACGUGAAUGUCAAUGGAAUAACUGUAAAAGUCAAAUACUGUGAUACCUGCAUGUUGUAUAGACCUCCACGCUGUUCUCACUGUUCAAUUUGCAAUAACUGUGUGGAACGGUUUGACCAUCACUGUCCCUGGGUCGGGCAAUGUAUUGGAUUGAGGAAUUACCGAUUCUUCUUCAUGUUUGUAUUCUCAACAACCCUUCUUUGCUUGUACGUCCAUGGCUUCUGCUGGGUCUAUAUUUUAAGGAUCAAGAAUGGCGAGCAGACCACCAUGUGGAAAGCAAUGACCAAGACUCCUGCUUCUAUUGUGUUAAUCAUUUUUACAUUCAUAUCAGUCUGGUUUGUUGGCGGCCUGACUAUCUUUCAUCUUUAUCUUAUUGGCACAAACCAGUCGACGUAUGAGAACUUUAGAUAUCGAUAUGAUCGGCGGGUCAAUCCAUUUAACAGAGGUGUGAUCCAUAACUUCAUGGAGAUAUUCUGUACCAGUAUUCCUCCUUCAAAGAACAAUUUCAGGGCCAGAGUGCAGAGAGAACCUGGGAUACCAGCUCGUGAAGUGGCUGGUGGUUUUGUUAGUCCGAACUUGGAGAAAACAAUGAGCGAAUUAGAAAUGGGAAGGAAGCCAGGUUGGCAUGAGACUGCAGUAAGAACCGAUGGUUUUGAAGGACAACCUAGAAAUGAUAAUCAGUUAGAUAAGGAUGAAGAGCUCUUGGCUGCGUCCCCAGAACUAAGCAGCACCACCUUGGCUGAGGGGCGUAGUAUCCUACAUCCCAGGCGCUCUAGUUGGGGAAGAAGAAGUGGAACUUUGAAUAUACCGCCUGACGUAAUUGCCAUGGCAUCUGAAAUCGGAGAGUCUAAUCGGACUACUGUCAGUGAUAGUGCUUACCGGAUUGACAAUCAGCAAUAGUAGUUGGCUUGUAUGCUAUUUAAAUUAUUGUAGAACUGACAAGUAGAGAUCUUAGCCGAAAGGAUGAUCUGCCCUUCCCGUCAAUGGACGGGAUCAGGUUACCCUUGAGGAGGUGUGCUGUUGUGUGUGUAUAAUUCUAUUUUUUUUUUUUCUACGUUUAGUUUUCUUUUGUUGAAAGUUCUUGAAAUGUGCUCAAUCUGCAAAGAGAAAAAAAUAUUACAGUUAUCCCUUCCAACUGUUAUAUAUUGUGAAGAUACAAACUCUAUUCUACUA